CGGUCCCGGGGCGGUGCCGGUGCCGGGGCGGUGCCGGGGUCGCUGCGGUGCCCGGCGGCCCCGGCAGGUGGAGCCCGGUGCCCGCGGCGGGCCGGGCAUGGCGGGGUAGCGGCGCGGAGCGACCAUGCGGCCCCGCCGCCUCCCGCCGGUGCCGGUGCCGGUGCUGGCGGUGCUGGUGCUGCUGGGCGGGCGGGCGCGGGGCGCGGCCGAGGCGGCGCACGAGGUCCUGCUGAAGGUGCAGGUGUACGAGAGCGGAACACUGGCCCCACUGGCCCAAGCCACCCUGGAGGUCUUCGGCAACCGCAGCUCGCUGGCAGCCACCACCACGGACCACGAGGGCGUGGGGUUUCUGCCCGUCCCCUACCGCCUGGGCACCUGGGUCCUCGUCACCGCCACCCGCCGCGGCUACGUCACCGCCUCCGUGCCCUGGCGCGUCAACAAGCUGCCACUCUACGCCUCCAUCAGCCUCUACCUGCUCCCGGAGCACCCUGCCACCCUCAUCCUCUACGAGGACCUGGUCCAGAUCCUCCUGGGAUCCCCAGGUUCCCGGGGACAACCGUGGGCACAGUUCCCGCGGCGGGCAGCCCGCUUGCCUCGCAGCUCCACGUACAGCCAACUCGCCGCGUCCCUCACUGCUGCCACUGGCCCCAGCUUGGCCCGCGCCUUCCCCGCCUUCGUUGGGGCCGAGCAGGACGGCAGUGCCAAUGCCACCUGGCUGGAGCUGGCGCCCGUGGCGGCUCUCAGCGUCCAUCUCUUCACCAGCAACGGGACCGAGGUGCCGCUGGCCGGCCCCAUCCAUCUCUCCGUCCCUUUGGCCACCGAUGCUGGGCCUGUGGUAGCCACCAGCGUGCCAGCCUGGAGAUUUGACCCCAAGAGCGGGCUGUGGGUGCGCAAUGGGACUGGGCUGAUCCGCAAGGAAGGCCAGCAGCUCUACUGGACCUUUGUCUCCUCCCAGCUGGGAUACUGGGCAGCGGCUCUGCCUUCUCCCAGUACAGGGCUGGUGGCGAUGGCAGCGGGCGUGACAGACAUCACCACCUACCACACCAUCUUCCUGCUCACCAUCCUGGGUGCACUGGCCUUGCUCGUCCUCAUCCUCCUCUGCCUCCUCAUCUACUACUGCAGGCGUCGAUGCCUGAAGCCGCGGGCACAGCACCGCAAGCUGCCGCUGCCGGGGCCGCUGGACACCACACGACGAGACCAGGCCACCUCCGUGUCCCAACUGGACCUCCUGUGCGGUGGCAGCCACCUGGAGACGGCAUCCUCGGGGGGGGACACCGACCUCCCCACCCCCAAUUUACCCCCGGCCCCCCGCGAGCUCCCCCAACCCCGGGCGGACUUUUUCCAACCCCCAGCCGCCCCCCAAGCCCGCACUGUCCCCCGUCCCCCUGCUGCCACCCUGGCCCCCCGCCGCCGCCAGCCCCCCACCCCAGAGGACUACGGCCGCCCCGGUGAAGCCUUUGGCCUCCGGGCCGCCCGUUCGGUGGAUGGGCUGCAGCCCCCAGACGAGCCCCCCCGCGGGACUCCCGCUUUCCGUCCCCCCUCACCCACCAUCUUCCCGCGUUUCGGGGCGCAGCCCAGCGAGCAUCCCCUCCCCGAGCCCCCUCCUCGCCCCCCAUCGCUGGCCCCCCCAGGUCCCCUCCUCCUCUGCGGCACUGGGGGGGCUGAGGAUGUUUAUCGGGGGGUGAUGCCCACCCUCCUCAUCCCCGCUCGCUACAUGCGUUUGGCCCCCGGCGAACCCGAGGGUCCCCCUGAAAAUGAUGGGGGACAAGGGUUGGCAACAACAAGUGCCCCCCCUCCUGCUCCGUCUUCGGAGGAAGGGGAGAACUGGGGGGGUCCUCGCGCCCCCCAAGCGGUGAGCGGCUCGGUGGCCAUCCCGGUGCUGCUGGACGGGUCGGCGGUGGCACAGCUGAAUGGGGAGCUGCAGGCACUGGCGGGGCAGCCGCUCUUAGAAUUGGGGGCCCCCCCUCCACCCAGAGCCUGGUUCGUCUCCUUGGACGGACGUUCCUCCCAGGUCCGUCAUUCCUACAUCGAUCUGCAGGGUGGCGAAAGGGGGGGGUCCUGUCCCGCGCCCCCUCCUCGCAUCCCCCGCGGAGGUGGGGGGGACGAUGGUGGGAUGCGGCCCCCCCUGGCCGUGGCGUCCCCCGAGGACAACUCACUCGCUCCCUUGCUGGAAGCGGGGAGCGGAGGGCGGCGAGGGGGGGGCAGCGGGCGCAGCAGCGCAAGCGAAGCCCCCAGAGAUUCCCUCACCAGCCCCGAAGAGGAGACGUUGGCCGAGGUGGGUGACGGCGGCGACGAUGGGGGUGACCGGAAAAGCCCUUGGCAGAAACGGGAGGAGCGGCCGUUGAUGGUCUUCAACGUCAAGACAGGGGGGGCCGGCGCUGCCCCCCGCGCCACCGGUGCCUCCAAGCUGCCCUAAGAGCUGGGGGGACCUUGCCCCCUCCCCUCCUCCCCCCCUUUGGCUGUGGAUUUUACUCGUGUUUCUAAACAUUUUCUACGUGGCGAGGACCAAGAGGGGCCAGGGGGGUGACAUAGGGACCCCCCAGCACCGCCUACCCUGGCCAGGCUGGACGCAAUGCCGCCUGUCCUGAGAAGGCAUUAAUAUAUUAAACAAAA